AUGGUGUCUCACUGUCAGUUUGUGAUCCAUUGUAGCCCCCAGAUCCUCUUCUGCAAAGCUGCUCUUUAGCUGGUCAUUCUCCUUCUAAGUUCAGUUAUUAAUUUCCCCUAAGCACCAUACUUUGUCCCUGUUGAAUUGCAUCUUAUUUGUAUUAGAUACUUUGUCCCUUUUGAAUUGCAUCUUAUUUGUAUUAGAUUCUUUGUCCAGUUUAUCAGAAUUGCUUUGUCUUACAGGGUCGGUGCAGCCUUAUCUUGACUAAUCCUUACUGGUGUUCCCAGUCCAUGUACUUUAUUUUGUCAUAUACAGGUCAUGAAUGGAAAUUCUGGAUUGCACCAAGCUGAGAUUCUGAGCCCUCUCUGAAUCUCUACUGCAAAUAUACAUCUAGUUUAACUGUAGUAAUUAUUCAUUACGUAUAGUUUUUCUAGCUACCUGCUCAAGAGUAAUUUCAUUUGCAACUUACUUUACGGCUUCAUAUGAGGAUGCUAUGGGACCCAAUGACAAAACUGUUACUGCAAUUAAGAUAUUUUUCCUCUAUUCACCAAGCAAGUUACCUGGUCACAGAGCAUACACAGCUCAGGCAGAUGAGAAGACAGUCCCUGGUACUCCUACAGAUGCUAAUGCCAGAGCCUUAUUGGUUUGCAGUGGACCUUUAGAACAUUAUGACUUUCUGAUUAAGCAAGAAGAGCUGAGGAAUGAUGAUCAACAAAGAAGGGUUGUACAGCACCUGCAGAAGUUGCAUGAGAGCCUGAAAGGCUACAGCAUCAGUUCAAAAAAUCUUUUCUCAAAGCUCUUUGCAAAAAACAAGCCCCCAAGAGGUCUGUAUGUCUAUGGAGAUGUUGGCACAGGAAAGACAAUGGUGAUGGACAUGUUCUAUUCUCACUUAGAAGUAGAAAGGAAAAAGAGAGUCCAUUUCCAUGGCUUCAUGCUAGAUGUACACCAGAGAAUACAUCGCCUCAAGCAGAGCUUGCCGAAAAGAAAGCCAGGAUUUAUGGCCAGAUCAUAUGACCCAAUUGCCCCAGUAGCAGAGGAAAUAAGUGAAGAGGCUGCUCUCUUAUGUUUUGAUGAAUUUCAGGUCACUGACAUUGCUGAUGCCAUGAUUCUGAAGCAGCUUUUUGAAAAUCUGUUCCAAAAUGGGGUUGUCGUUGUGGCAACAUCUAACAGGCCGCCAGAAGAUCUCUAUAAAAAUGGUCUUCAGAGAGCUAAUUUUGUACCAUUCAUUGCUGUGCUGAAGAAAUACUGCAGCACAGUCCAGCUUGAUUCUGGAAUAGACUACAGGAAACGAGUGCUUCCUGCUGCUGGAAAACUUUACUACCUCACAAGUGAAGCUGAUGUGGAGGCUGUCAUGGAUAAGUUGUUUGAUGAGCUGGCUCAGAAACAAAAUGAUUUAACUAGACCAAGGAUUCUAAAAGUGCAAGGCAGAGAGCUGAGGCUGAAUAAAGCGUGUGGAACCAUUGCAGACUUCACGUUUGAAGAGCUGUGUGACAGACCUCUUGGGGCCAGUGACUAUUUGGAGAUAUCAAAGCAUUUUGACACGGUCUUUGUUCGGGACAUACCACUUCUUACAAUGGCAAAAAGGACACAAGCUCGUCGGUUCAUUACUCUUAUUGAUACCUUUUAUGAACAUAAGGUGCGUAUUAUUUGUUCUGCAGUGACUCCUCUCCAGAGCUUGUUCCUGGUAGAACAUGACAAGGGUGAGCUAGAGGACAACAGAGUGCUGAUGGAUGAUUUGGACUUGAGCCAGGAUUCUGCCAAAGGACUCUCCAUGUUUACAGGAGAAGAGGAACUCUUUGCUUUUCAGCGUACUGUCUCACGGCUUACAGAAAUGCAAACUGAACAGUACUGGAAGGAUGGGGACAGAAGCAAAAAAACAUUAUAAAGUUGAAUAAAAUCACCAAGAAGUAAAACUACAGAAUUGGAAAGCUUUUUAGCACAACUGAAACAAUAAUUGCACUUUAUCAUCUGGACCAUGUUUUCUUUCAUCGGUUGUUUUUUGUGCUUAAGACAUGAGGGCUUGGUUAUUUUUCUGUACCACGGGUAUGUGGACAUGUGAAAUUUUGCCUUAAUUUUCUUUUCUGUAAAAUAUAACUUUGAUGUUCAGGAAGUUUGGUGGGAUUAGAAUUUUUCUGGAGAAUUGGUCUAGAGACAAAGUUAAUGGGCCAUGCAGCAUUCACAGUAGAUUUACAAUGUCACGUGAAGAGGGCACUUCAUGGUUCAUGCACUGAGAACGUCGUGUACAAUGUGGUUUGCACAAAAGAAAAAUCAAAUGCUUUCUUUAUGAACUCCUGCUAUGGUAUAGGUCCCUGCUAGAACUCCUCUACCGUGUACUCUGUUGGGUAUUUUUCCUGUUUUCUGUGUGUAGCCAUCUGCUGACUUUCAGGCUCUUAAGAGUUUCUUGUAAUCAGACUGUUGCUCAGUCUGGUUCAUUGAAAACUAACAGUUUGAGCCACAGGAGAACCCUGAGGAGAAGCUUUGGAGGUACUUGAAACCGCACAGGAUUAAGAUCGUAAGUAAUCAUGGAUGGGAAAGGAAACGAUGAUAAGACAGGGUAUACUCUUCCUAAGCUUUGCGGUUCUUGCAAGCCUGGAUCUGCUGCUUCUUCACCAGGGACAUUUCUGUACCCUGAAUUUUCUCAGGCUUCAUCUGUACCAAACCUCCCGUCGCUGCUGGCACAGCCGCCCUGAUCUGGGGCGCGUAGCACACGGUACUGCUGAGGCAGGUCAUCCUGUUACAACGGGAAUGUACUUUAUGGGAAAGAUGGGAUAUUAACUGAUACCUCAGAACACAUCCCCCAUCCUUGUGUUUGUAGUUGGAAACUUCCUUUUAGUUCCAAAUGCAAUUGUGUCAUUCCUGCUUUUGAUCUGACACAAAAUGCGGUAUUGUGUGUAUUGGCUUAUAGUGCAUUUGAAUAUAAAGACAUUUUAAGAGCAUAUUUAGAAACCCUGAAGAGGGAAAAACAUUAUGUGGAUGGACUGAAAAGAUUGCCCUGAUUUCUUAGGGAGGAGAUACAUAACACACUGUCCCCAGAUUUGAGGGAUUUUCUUGGAUUUUGCAACAUGACCUUUUCCUUGUACUGUAUCUGUUACCAAAAACAUUCUUCUCUGCCUUUAUUAAGCCUGAUUAAAUUGUUUCAAUCAUUGCCCAGUCACAAUUACAGAAAGCUUUUAAAAGGGACCUUUGGGGGGCAGGGAGGGCUGGAGAGGUCCUGUGCACUUGCCUGUGUUACAGCAAUCCAGAAAGUUUGGAACCAUGUGCUCAAGCCUGGUUUUCUGUUCUGAUCACUUCUGUGUGUCCUAGAAGUUACUCAUGCUGCCUAUACCUGUUGUUCAAAGAAUUUUUAAAGACUGUAUUUAUAGUUUAUAAUUUAUGCAACUAUGUUGUUAUUCCCACAAGGGUGACUAAUGCAUAUUUAUGAAAACCCCAAUAAGAAUACAUUGCUUAUACUUGGGAAUAUCUGAGUAAUUCAUGUAUAUUUUCAGAGAUUUGUAUUGGGUUUCUCAACAGGGGGACUACUGAGAUUCAUGCAUGUGUGUCUCUAUAUACACACACGUAUGUAUACUUAAUUUAUACAUAUAUAUGAAUACAGAGAAAAGUAAUAGAUAUAA